CUAAUAAAGCCCUCCCUCUGCUCCCCUCCCAAGGUAGAUUCGAAUAGCUUGUUGAUUGUUGAAGAUCUGUCCCUGGAUCUCGUAGGAUUACUCUCUGUUACGUCCACCCACCACCCCCUCGACAUAUUUAUAUACAUCUUCCCUCCCAUCUCACUUUAAUACCCCCUUUCACACCCAACGCACAAACCACACAAGAUGGCGCAACAGAACCUCUCCAUUGUCCUCGCCGAGCGUCCCACGGCCGAGAUCAUCCCCGGCCAGACUUUCAAGUCGGAGCAGAAGCCCAUCCCCAAGGCUGAGGACCUCAAGGAUGGCCAGAUCCUCAUCGAGAACUGGUACCUCUCACUCGACCCCGCCAUGCGCGGCUGGUUGAACGACCGCCGCUCCUACAUCCCUCCCGUCCAGAUCGGCGAAGUCAUGCGCGGCGCCACCGUCGGCCGCGUGCUCGCGUCCAAGUCGCCCAAAGCCAAGGAGGGCGACGUGCUGCCGACGUUCGGCGGCUGGUCCGAGUACAGCGUCGUCGACGACGCGCGCGUCGAGCCCGUCUCUUCGUUCCCCAACGUCUCGCAGCCGGUCGACUACCUCUCGGGCAUCGGUAUGACGGCGCUGACGGCCUACUUCGGCAUGCUGCGCGUUGGCGACCCGCAGCCCGGCGAGACCGUCGUCGUCUCGGGCGCGGCGGGCGCCACGGGCAGCGUGGCGGGCCAGAUCGCCAAGCUCAAGGGCGCGCGCGUCGUUGGCCUCGCCGGGUCCGACGACAAGUGCCGCUGGCUGACGGAGGAGCUCGGCUUCGACGUCGCUCUCAACUACAAGGACCCCGAGUUCCGCCAAAAGUUCAAGGAGGCGACGCCCGACUUCAUCAACGUCUACUUUGACAACGUCGGCGGCGAGAUCCUCGACCUGGCCCUCGCGCGCGCCAAGGAGUUCUCGCGCUUCGUCAUGUGCGGCGGCAUCAGCCAGUACAACUCGGCCACGCCCCAGGGACCCAAGAACUACGCCAACAUCAUCACGAUGCGCAUCAAGAUGCAGGGCUUCAUCGUCUUCGACUACGCCAAGGACUACGCGCAGGCGCGCAAGGAGCUCGCGCAGUGGCUCGACGAGGGCAAGAUCAAGCGCAAGGAGACCAUCGUCAAGGGCGGCCUCAAGGCGGCGGAGCAGGCGCUCGUCGACCUGUACAAGGGCAUCAACACGGGCAAGCUGAUUGUCGAGAUCAAGAACCCCAAGGACGCGGCCAAGCUGUGAGUGAGAAUGAGGAUGAUGGCAAAUGAUUUGUUGGGAUGGAUACUGGCGAAUGACUUGAUGACAUUGUAUACUUAU